CCUUUCACCUAGCAGGCUAGCACUGGCAAGGCAGGGCAGCCCUCAUUCCUAACUAGAGACGCCAUACUUGUGAUAAUUUCAUUUAGUAAUAAAAUCGAGCUUUGGACGAUAGAGCAGUGUUUAAAUCUUUAUUAAACAGUAUUGGUCAACAGACUCUCAAUAUGUCCUCGCUGUUCUCCAACCUCCGUGGAGAGCAGAGGGAAGGUGCGGAGGCUUAUUAUGAUUCUAUGAAAAGAUUAACUUCAAACGACAAAAAUGUGAUAAAUUCCUUAACAGAAAUCGCCUAUGAAAACCGUUCUCAGGCCAAAAUUAUUGUCCAUGUCAUCGAGAAGAGAAUUUCUAUGGCUCCCUCCGACCAUCUGCUCCCUCACCUGUACCUCCUGGACUCCAUCUGUAAGAACCAUGGAAAUCCUUUCACGGAUUUAUUUCAAUUUAAUCUAAUCAACACUUUUAUACACGUCUUCCACAAGGUUAAUGAGAAGGUACGAACAGCGAUGUAUAAACUUCGUUAUACCUGGACGGCCGCCAAUCUUUUCAAACCAGCAACUCUUCAAGAACUUGACCGCCGAAUUCAUGAAAUAGAUCCCGCCUGGCCAAUUCUGAAGAGCUACGCUCCCCCGCAGACCCAACAUGGCGGUGGUUCGCAUAAAAUUUUAAUUAAUCCCACCCAGCCCAAUCAACAUGGUGGUUCGCAUAAAAUUUUGAUCAAUCCAGCCAAAUUUCCACAGUCUACUGGUUCUAAGCUGCGUGUACCUGAGCCUGUGCUGCGUAUUGAGGAGGAAACUGAGAUGAUGAGAACUGAGUUGCUACGGAAGGAGAAGGAGCUGCUUGAACUCAAGAAGAAGGAUAUUGAUCAGCAGCUCCAGGGGCUUAAGAUGCAGCAGCAGAUCAAAAAUAACUCGCUGGAUGGUACAGCCAGUACGCCUGAUGACGCCAAAGUAUCUACUAAGAAGGUUCGAUUAAUCCAGACGGACGUAUGUCGGCGUAUUAAGUAUAUUUUCAACCCCCAAUACAACUCAUGUUGUAAUAGUUCAAAGUUUAGGCUUAAUAAAAUCUGUGUAGGCCAACUGUACGCCCCCCUGGAAACCAGAAGAAAUUAUUUGUUAUACUUCCAGAAUAUUGGAACUGAGGUUUCAAGCUCCAGCAGUUCGGAGAGCAGAGAUCCAAGGAAGAGAAGGAAACCAGAGUCGGAGAAACAUGAAUCCGUUCCGUCGGAGCUCUCCAGCUCUAAGUCUGACACCAAGAGCACCAGUAGGUCUGAAUCCCGACACAAAGAUCGUAGUCCAAACAGAAAAUCCGCCAGAUCUGAAAAGAGCAACGGAAGUAGUCACAGCAGCACCAGCAGCUCUAAAAGAUCUUCAAAAUCCGAGGACAAGAAAAAGUCCAGUCCUAAAAAGGAGGAGAAGAAGGAGAAAAAACGAGAGCCGAGUCCUAAGUUUUCCAGGUCUCCAACCCCAGUUGUGGACGGACGAAUUUCUCCUCUCCCCCCGCCUCCGUCCAACAAGAUCCCUAAACUCCGGAAGGGUGAAGAAGAGAAGAGGGAAGAGAAAAGAGCGGAAAAGCGAGCAUCUGAGGACGGGAAAAGAACACCGCCGCCGGAAAAACGUCCACGACCAAUUAAUAUAGAUUUGGUUGAAGAUUCCUCUGUGAGAGAUACUAGCAGUCCAGUAGUUGGUUGGGCUAAACAUAAGGAAUCGAACCCUGACAAAUUCCGGACACCAAACAAAGAAAUGGGGCCAUUCUUUCAGGACCAUGGGCCUCCUGGACCUUGGAUGGAGGACAGAGGUCGAGGAAGAGGCUUUAGGGGCUUCAGAGGACACAGAAACAACUGGGGUGGAGGACGAGGACGCUUUAACGAUUUCCCCCGCUUCCCCCAUCAGCAAGGAUUUAUGGGACCCAUGUUUGGAUUCCAACCUCGAGGUGGAAUGGGUCCACCCUUCCGACCCGGGUUCCGGAUGCCAUCUGGUCUACCCGGCUUACAUGGUCCUGAUAUAACCAAGACUGAUCCGGUCAUCAUACGGAAGGAGGUGAUCCCCAAUCUGAUGAAGCUUGGGCAGGAGUGCAAGGAGAAGGGAACGAUCGACGAGGUACAGUUCCGUGAGUUCAUGAACCAGGUGAUGCAACUCAAAGAGACGAGUUUGAACCGUGAAGCCGAGAUGCGGCAGAACCGUGAUGUCGAGCUGCGACAGAACCAGGAGAACAAAGAAAAUAGGUUUCAACGUCGUGGUGUGCAUGGAUUCCCCUCGGCCGGAGACCGUCUUAACGGUGCGGACGAUCGGGUUGAAGAUAAGAAAAUCCCCCACGUGGAUGGAACACAUAACCGUCCACGCACUGAUAUCAUCAGUCCUCACAAGAAUGAUCUACCUCUGGCCAAUCCUACCGAACUGGAGGAGAUCAAGAAAGAUCCAACCCGAACCCUGAACAUAGACGACAUUCCUCGUGCCAUCCGUUACUACGGAGAAACGGCAACCAUAGCGAUGGAUGAUAAUCUCAUUUGCGAGCUCGCCUUUAAACCUGAACGGGAAAGUCGAUGUGUUCUGGUGGAUAAUAUAGCGGUGUACUGUGAAAUUAACACCGAUCGCUACACUAAGUUUAUGCUGAACGGUAAAACCCACAAGCUGAGGAUAGGAAAUCCAACCCGUGAAUUAUGGAUAGAUAACGAGUGGUAUGAAUGUUAUUUUAACAGCAAAAUCCGGAUCAAGAUAGACAAUAAUUAUCAUAAUAUAUUCUUACCUGGACCCCCACCUUCUGUGGAUAUUGGGAAGGUUCGACAUGAUCUGUGCCGCGGUCGUGUUUAUGCUUUGUUAGAUGGAAAUCUGGACAGUAGAACCCCUCUCUAUCUUGAUUCAAAGCCCCAGCUGCUAAUAAUUGGUUACAAGCCUCAUGUUCUUCGUUUCGUGGAGGGAUUUAAAACUCUGACAAUCAACGGACAUCCGUUUAGAACGGACUUUGGGGGAUUUCCUAUGGUGAUAUCCGUUAACGGUUUUAAGCACUAUGUUCGUUUGACGUCGUUUCCCACAGGGGCCUGGGAUGAGGAUAAACAGUGCUAUCGGCCGAUUUCUCCCCGGAUGGACGAACGACUCUCUCCGGUCGGAAGUCCUAAGGAUGAUGUUGGAUUACACUCGCAGGAUCCGCUAAACCAGAUGAUGUCCGUCCUACCCUCUUCUUCUAAUUCCAAAAGAUCGGAAACUCCAAAUAAUUACGGAACUAGUCCCGGAGUUACGGGCCCUCCACCCAACCUUACCUCAACCCCAACACAUCCUCCACCCUCCCCGCCGCCCUCUUAGCCUCCACCUUCCCUCAACUCUACACCCGCCAUUGUAGAUGUCCCCGCCAGACAGCCGGCUGUUCCUGAGGCGAUAGUUGCUCCGCCCAUCGUAGAUGCCCCGGCCCCUGAUAUAAAUGAUCUGUGGGCCAAAUUACAGAGCUCUGGGGUUCUCUCUCUCUUUGGAACUGGUGGCGUUGGUUCAGCGGCGGGUAUACCUGGACUAGCUGUACAACAGGAACCGGAGAGACCCGCCGAAUCGCCGAUUAGUUUCCCAAAUGCGCCGACUCGUAAAGUUCGACGGAACUCUGUUGGAAUGAAGGAAAUACAAUUGAAAUCCCACGAUCCUUCACUCAAGGAGCGACAUCAAUAUGUCAUUGAUAGUUUAUUUGGACUCUCAGACUUACAGUGCAAAUCAUGUGGAUUAAGGUUUAACUCUGAGGAAAUGGGAUUUUACAGUUCCCAUCUGGAUUGGCACUUCAGGCUCAAGAGGAGAGAGAGGGAUAACGCUAGGAAGGCGCAGAGCAGGCGUUGGUAUUAUGAGAAGAACGACUGGAUUGUCUCUGAUGAAAUUGAGGACGAUGAACAUGACAUGACCGAGGAGGAUAUUAUCCUUGAGCAGAGUAUGGAGAUUCCAACGGUAGCUGCCCGGGGGGCGGGGAACCAGGAGGGUGGGGAGGAAACCUGCCCUGUGUGUACUGAGGUGUUCAGUCAAGUAUAUCGACAGGAAGGAGAAGAGGAGGGAAGCUGGCAACUCCAUAAUGCUAUGCGAGAUGAUCUAGGAGUGGCGUAUCAUCCAGAGUGCUACAAAGAUAAGGAGGCACAGGAGAAGAGGGCUUUAGAGAAUCCUCGGGAUUCAACUCCAGAACACGAUGAGAGUAUGGAGGUCGAAGACGAGGUCAAGGUUGACCUUGGGGAGUUAAAAAUGGAGGUUCAGGAAGGAAAUGUUGAGGUUAAGACUGAGCCUCUGGAGCAGUCUCAAGAUGAGGACGUGGAGAUGAUUGAGGUUAAAUCUGAACCAGGAGCAGAGGUCAAAACAGAAGUCGUAGAUGAUCUUAUGCCCAAACCUGAAGGAGUUGAACCUGUUGAUUCCGAAUCUGAACCCAUGAAAUCCGGUGAGGAACCUCUAGAAUCCGGAGUUGAAUCUGCCGGAGCCGGAGCUGAACUCUCUAAGACCGAAGCUGAAGCUGGUGGUGCAGAGACUAAACCUGAGAAGGUUGAUCUGGAUUUAUCCAUGAGCUCCAACCUGGAGAAUAAACCUCCUGUACCUGUUUCCAUCCCUAAACCCAAGGUUGAAAUCAAGGUGUCUUUGACUACUAACAUCGUUAAGGAGGACAAGAUUGAAAGGUCUGAGUCCCUGUCAGAGGAUCUAGAGGAUUCAGAAUUCGACCCAGAGGCCAUUAUCGUCCCAGCUUUAACACAGGAGGCCAAAGACCUGGCCAAACCGAAGUUAAAGGGUCGUAGCUUAGUGAAUUAUCCUCCAAACAUGAAGGACAAGGAUAUGUCUGGACUCUGUAGUAUCAUGUAACUAUUCUAUAAGCUGUGAUUCUUAAUUCGUCGACAUUUUUUUUUUGAUCGAACACUAUUCAUUCUGUCGCAUUUUUGAAUAUUAGAAUAUUUUUCAUUAUUGUAUAUAUGUAUUAGCAUCAUAGCUGUUGCAAACAAAUUCAUACUGAAGAAGAAAAAAUAAAAAUAUCUAUGGCUUAGGGCCUGAAACUACUUAUAGACAAUCAGAUAUUUAUGUGUAUAUAAAGGUUAGAUUGAUUCAGAAACCUAAAAAAACGAGAAUAGAAGCUAAAUUGUCUCCAGUAUAAACGGCUACAAGUAAGUAUAUGCGACGAAUAGAAAAAUGCGACGUGAAUCGACAGAGACCAGCUAGAGGGGACAGAGUUAUCUUAAUAAAUAUUAAUUUAUAAAACAUACAGGGCUCUCAAUAAAGUAUUAAAAAAA